CGGUAUCCGCCCUCCGCGGUUAUAUAAGGGAGUCGCGUCCCCGAACAUUCGCGUCCGUACCGCCGUUAGCGAAGCAUGGCGGAAGAUCACGGCGGCCCCUUCAGCAUCCGACGACUCAUCAGCGACGAUACCAAGUCCACGAGCGCGACAACGGGAGCGCCCGCGACUUCGACGAGCGCUUCGAGUCGCGAGAAGCCGCCGUUCAGUUACAACGCCCUCAUCAUGAUGGCCAUCCGCCAGAGCCCCGAACGACGGCUCACCCUGAACGGCAUCUACGAGUUCAUCAUGGACCGGUUCCCUUACUACCGGGACAACAAGCAGGGCUGGCAGAACUCCAUCCGCCACAACCUGAGCCUCAACAAGUGCUUCGUCAAGGUGCCACGCCACUACGACGACCCGGGCAAGGGCAACUACUGGAUGCUCGAUCCGAGCAGCGACGACGUCUUCAUCGGCGGCAGCACGGGCAAGCUACGCAGGCGGUCGGCCGCGCGGGGCAGCCGCCUGCAACUGCACGCUGCUGCGGCAGCCGCCCUCAAGCAACACCAGCACAGGGCUUCCCUGCACGCUGCCAUUCAGCCGCAUCACCUGGCAACCGCAGCGUGGCCUUCAUCAUGGCUUCUACGAUGUCAGCUGGCCGCUGCGGCCGCCGGUCUUCUCCUGUGGCCACCACCUCCAUCAGCGGCAGCCGGAUGCUGUGGAUUGCCCGUGACCGCCGCUGCUCACCAUCACUCCGCGUCGCUUCCCAUUCCCGUGGCGUCAACUUCGUCCCCGGUGCAAAACCCCUCUUCAUCUACAACGUCCCUGGCACCGUUGUACAGGCCCGUGGCUGUACUCAGCAGGCACAGCUAAUGCGUGGGACCGAGCCCUCUUGCGGGAGAGACGACUGGUUUUGUAGGUUGUGAUAACAAGCGUGAUCCAUCCCUACAGUGCACUCCGAGGGAAAGGGAGUUCUCCCCUCCGCGUUGCUUCCGAAAGCAAGAUCAAAGGCACCGACCGACACCCCGUCGGCGAUUGAAGAAAGGGAGCGCUUUUCGCGCGGUUGACAAUGGCCACCGCCCAGGUGACGACUCCAUUCGGCGAUCGCCUUUUCUUCGAGCGCGUGGACCGCGUGCAAACGCGCCGCUUGUCAAGAGCUCCGCGGCACCGAAGAAAGGGACGAAAAGAGGCGGAGGCCGCCCUGUCACCGCAGCAUCGGCCACAAACAGUGUGUGUACACGGUGGGGACAACACGGGGCCAACAAGCCGAAACAAGCCAAAGCCGACAUGCGCGCUCCCUUUUACCAGCCCGCCGCCCCUCGAUCGGAUGCGGGGAUCGAGAACCCCGAUGCACGUGCGUCUGUUGCUGGUCGAUUCGGCGCUUGACUGCGCCUGUUGCGUGUCAAAACACGUGUUCCUCUUUUUUUUUUUUUUUUCCUUUUCUGUUUGAGCUGACUUGACUCUGCCAAAGGUGCGGUUCUUUUUGUUUCGUUUGUGGCUUGUACGUGUACGUGACAUAGCUUAUGUAUAGAUGAAUGUGUAGAUAUCUCCCCUCCGUCCCCGAUACGCGAUAUACGCGUUAUAUGUGACAAAAGGUUUCACACACCACUGACGCGCUUUACGCUGUCGGGCUGAAAGAAAAAAAAAUCUUGCUCGUCUGUUGCGGCAGUGAGCCGCACGAAGUCGGUGAACAAGAAACUGCAUUGUGCAUAUAUAAUGGACCGUGUCUCAGACAUCCGCGGAUUGUUACAUCUGUGCGUUUUGGACCGGGCGGUGAAAAGCUCGUUCACGUAUAUAUGCUGGCUUAGUAUUUGAUGCGUGUUUCGCAGUUAGGGAUCUCCCCACGAGUUAUGCAUAUGCACAAGCAAAUAAUAAUAAUAAAUAAUAGAGAAAUAACCUGCGCUGUUGACAUGCUUUGUGAAAGCUGCCAAGACCGCCGCUGCCAUUGGGAUGGGAGCACCGUCUGUUCGUUAUACGAGGCCAAUUAAGUCCAGACCUGCUGUUCGCUUGCAUGUGAACAACGGCCACGUGCGGUCCCGUUUUACGCGCACUUCAUGCCUGUCAACUUUUCGCACGUCCUAAAUUUUGCGACAAAGUCCCCUGAACCGAGCCGUUACUGUGCGCUGCGUCGGAAGAAUGACAGUUAUAACAAUAAGAGGCAGGAAUAGAGCAGAGUGGAUUAGAGAACAAACAGGGGUAUAUGCGAAAUUAUGCAGCUCACAUGGAAAAAGUGGACCUUGGCAGGACACGUAAUGCGAAGGAUAGAUACACGAUGGUCGUGACUUGGAGCGACGAUACCAAGAGAUGGGAAACGUAUACCCGCGGAUAGCAGAGGGUCAGACGGAGUGACAAAAUCCAGGAGUUCGCAGGCAUAGAACCAGCUCGCACGAGACUGCGCAAAUUGGAGGUCAUUGGCAGAGGCCUUCGUCUUGCAGUGGUCAUAAAAUAGGCCGACAAUAAUGGUGAUUACGUGGCAGCAACGCUGGUCGACAGUGCAGUCGUGAACAAUAUGAGAUUGAAAUUACCUUUUUGUAGGCCAUUGCGGCUAAACGCAGUUGACAAGCACAAAAGUGUUCAGAACACUAAAUACUCAAGCGAAAAGGUAUCGCGUGUAAUUCUAUACGUCACAUUCACAUCGGUACCUUACAAGUAAUCGUUGAUUAAACACGAAUGUGCCUUCUCAUAUUGCUCACGACUGUGUACUGUGCCGCCUGUAUACGUACACGUUAAACUGCUUGCAUGGAUGUCGUCUAAGGGGGGCUAAAAGCGGACAACGCCUGUCUUUCUAUAACAGUCGUGCAAUAUGGGUCCUCGUUUCAUUAAGGAAGACCUUGGACAGGAACAAGUGAAUCCGCUUUCGACAUGUGUAGGCCGGCUGUACUUUAAAACUAAAACCAAAUUUCUCGCUUUCUGUGUACGUGGCCAAUUUCGUGUUUAUGCGGUUGAUCAAUGUCUCAGCUUACGAACCUUUCCUCAUCGCUUUGGUGGAGAAAAAAUUCGAGGGCCCGAAUCUACGUCAAGUGGGAAUUGCGACUUUUUGUUCGGGCUUUCCUCCAUUCUUAUGGAAAUAAACUGAAAAUUUAAAUUGAAAUUGAAACCACUUUGUAGUUACAAAUUUAUGUGAAGCGCCGAAAAGAAACUCAGCCUUAAUUGUGCACCUCGUUUUUGUUAACCGUGAGGUUUGCUGCAAAAACUAUACCACUGGCAAUCAAAUACAAAGCCCCUCAGCCAGAAUAUUUAGUAUAUAGUAAAUGAAUUUACGUAACCGUGCAUUGCGUACGUCUGCAGCUUCUAAUCGCUUUGUGGAGUUUCAAAAUCGAUCAUUUUCAACCAAAUUCAGUGGUACAUAAAUUCAACAGUACCUACACAAUAUUUAUGCAGAUACGCAUAAACUUAGCGUUUUGGUGCCCCUAUAAAAAUGUGAUUUCCUGGAAGGUUAGAUAAGGCGUAAUAUCGCCAGAACGUCUGACUUCACGAAGAUUAGAUAAAUCUGUAUGUGUGUACCAUGAGUCCUCUGCAUAUAUGAGUGAUUGCAGCGAUCCUUCUGAUAACGCUUUUGUAUGAAACUGUGAUGUAAAGCCCCCUUCUUUUCCACCCACAAGAAUCAUGAAACCCGAUACGAAGACGCAAACAGUCUUCGCCUGUACAUAGACUAGAUCUCUAUACUAUCUAU